CUUUCCCCUCCCACCCCCUCAUCCCGUUUUUCUCCUGCUCCCCUCCCCGCGGCCGGUUUGCAUGCAUUGUCUGUCUCCCAAGAUGGUUUGUGAGACCAAGAUUGUGGCAGAAGAUCAUGAAUCAAUCCCGGGCUCUAAAAAGGACACGAUCAUUGUUUCCUCCUCCCAAAUGUGGCCCUCUUUGGCGGGUUCUCCUUCAUCACCCCCUCCACCUCCCCUCACCCCCCCAAAAGAGGACCCUAGGCGCGACAAUGUCUAUAUCCGCGAGUUCCACCCCUCGGAGCAGGAGGUUGUGCGCCGCAUCUUUUACGAGGGGAUCAUGGAACGGAUCCCCAACACGGCCUUCAGGGGGCUGCGGCAGCAGCCCCGCACCCAGCUGCUCUACGGGCUGCUGGCCGUAAUAUGCUUUGUUGUGACCAAGUCCUUCCUGCUGACCUGCUGCUUGCCCAUCUUUCUGAUGGGCAUGAGGUACUACUUCAGUAGAAAAGUUAUCCUCCACUAUCUCGAUUGCGCCCUGCACACGGACAUGUCUGAUAUUGAGCAAUAUUACAUGAAACCACCAGGCUCCUGCUUCUGGGUGGCCGUCCUGGACGGCAACGUGGUGGGGAUCGUGGCGGCGCGCGGCAACGAGGAGGACAACACCGUGGAGCUGCGCCGCAUGUCCGUCGACUCCAACUACCGCGGCAAAGGCAUCGCCAAGGCCCUGGGCCGCAAGGUGCUGGAGUUCGCCGUGCUCAACAACUACUCCUCGGUGGUGCUGGGGACCACGGCCGUCAAGAUGGCCGCCCACAAGCUGUACGAGUCCUUGGGCUUCAAGCACGUGGGGGUGGUGGAACAUUACGCGCUGCCGGGGAUGACGCGCUCCUGGCUGGAGAGGAUGUUUUUCCAGGUCCGCUACCACCGCUACCGCCUGCAGCUGCGGGAGGAAUGAAAACCACCCAACCAAGCAGCAACAACAAAAGUUGAUUUCCUCUCUCUUUUCUUUCUUGUUUUCGUUUUGUUGUUGUUGUUGUUCUGUUUUUUUUCUCCCCCAACUCCUCCUCGUCCCCCUCAAAAAAUAACGAAGCCCCUUUUCUCUUUCUCACCACUGCUGAUUUGCCAGUGUAGGGUUGAGUUGGGGUUUUGAGUUUGGUUUGGUUUUGGUUCCCUGACGUCCUCUCUUGGCUGGCUGGGCGCAGCGCUCCUCCCUCGCAUGCUGCAGGUGGUGGUGCUGGGAGUCCUGCCCGUGACCCGCGGCGACCUCUCCGUCCCAGGUACCUCCAUAAAGCACAGAGACCUCACUGCAAAGUCGUAGUGCCACCGCUCUGGUGUACAUAGCCCUCUCCUUCUCCAGGGGCGAGAUAACGUAGCGAUGCAUCCACCAUAGCGCAGAAAUCUUACUUGAAACGCGGUCUGCAGUAUUCCACGUGCCGGUGAAGUAGAAUUCACACUCGUCUCACCCUUACUUACUGGUCAGUAGUCUUCAAAGAAGAGGUGUGGCGGGGGACAAGCCUCCCCGUCCCCAGCCUGCUUGCUCCCCUGCAUGAAGAGGACAGCGCGCUGCACGCCCUCUGACACAGCACUUCCUGGGUUGUUCGUUCUUUUUGGGAUGUGCCUCGUUCUGCCAAACCUCCGAGAGACCCUGGGUGCAUCCGAGUAACCACAGCUCCAUCCUGCCCCUCUCCACCUCCUUCCUGAAGCCAGCACAGACUCCAAACUCUGAGCCCCGUUGUACCAUAGUGUGAAGUUGAGAUCAAUCCCCAACCAUCUCCUGCGCUGUUCCGUAGCCACGUGUUAAACCUGCAGCCCUGGGCCAGACUCCGCAUGUGCGUUGGGACUUUCUCUUUGCUGCCUUUUUGGGGUUUGGGUUUGGUUUGGGUUUUUUUUUUGUU